AUAUCGUUCAUCUUCCCGUACAAACGCUACAAAGCUGGAGAAUGCCGCUAGCCAAUUCGAUCGACCCAUGGAGAGAGAAAGUCCCAAUCAGUAUCGUCGGUAUCGAGUCUUCGUCUCAGGACAAUGUAGAGAUGGUUAUCGACGAUAGCUAUGAUCCACAGCAGCAGCACGCAACGCACGACCAUCGCCAUGCGCAGCAUCCGGAACAGCAGCCACACCAUCCGAUGGUCCAGGCACAUCCACAUCAAUAUCAUUCCCAUCAUCACCAUUCUCAGUACAAUCGGCCGCAACAGCAUCCUCCGAUUGCCGGCACUGGGAUGGUUACCUAUCUUCCGCCGCAUCCAGCAGGCGAUCAGCCAGAACCGAUGCUGGAUGGAGUCGUGGCAGACAGCAACUACCGCUAUCAACGCCGGGACUCACCCGAAGCGGGGCUGGUGGUUGGGGCCGAAGAGGGAAUGGACCUGGAUAUGACGGGUGGUGUCGGUGACAUAUCGCAAUUAAGAGGCGAUGCCACGUACGCCGGCACAGGAGGAAAUGGUGCCAACGGGGGCGACGAGCACGAGAUAGACAUCAGAGACAUUAUACGGGAGGGGCACGAAAAAGCCGAUCCGUCACAGUUCGAGCUACUGAAGGUACUUGGAGAAGGAUCGUUCGGCAAGGUUUUCCUGGUGCGGAAGAUUGUCGGCAUCGAUGCUGGCACACUGUACGCCAUGAAGGUAUUAAAGAAGGCAACGCUGAAGGUGAAGGAUCGCGUGAGAAGUACGAACGAACGAAACAUCCUGGCCGACGUUGGGCAUGCAUUUAUCGUUAAGCUACACUAUGCCUUCCAGACGCCUGGCAAGUUGUACCUUAUAUUGGACUUCUUACGCGGCGGUGACUUAUUUACGCGCCUGAGCAAAGAGGUUAUGUUUACCGAGGAGGAUGUCAAGUUUUACUUGGCCGAACUAGCGCUGGCACUGAACCACUUGCACAGCAUCGGCAUCAUUUAUCGUGAUCUGAAGCCGGAAAACAUCCUUCUCGAUCAGGAUGGUCAUAUAGCUUUAACGGAUUUUGGACUAUCGAAACAACCGCUGGAUGGUUCGAAAACGUAUAGCUUCUGUGGCACGGUGGAGUACAUGGCACCGGAAGUUGUCAACCGCAAAGGACACACAUUUGCCGCGGAUUGGUGGUCGUUCGGCGUGCUGAUGUUUGAGAUGCUGACGGGGAAUCUCCCAUUUCAUGGCAGCAACCGUAACGACACGAUGAACCAAAUCCUCAAAACCAAGCUAGGUAUGCCAGAAAACUUGAGUCCGGAAGCACAAAGUUUGCUGCGCGCCCUGUUCAAACGUAACCCACAGAACCGGCUGGGAGCGGGCCCGAACGGCAUCGACGACAUCAAGCGGCACGAGUUCUUUGCCAACGUUGACUGGGAUGCGUUUGAGCGGAAAGAAGUGCGGCCACCGUUCAUACCGGCCGUGUCGCGAGACGAUGCUUUCUACUUCGAUCCCGAGUAUACGAACAAAUCGCCAAAAGACUCACCGGGAGGGCCUGUCAGUGCGAGCGCAUACGAAAUCUUCCGUGGUUUCAGCUUCAUUGCACCGGGACUGUUGGAUGAUCAGCCAAACUUUGCCAACGGUAGCAACAUGGUAAUGCAGCAGCAGCCCGCCUCGCGGUCACCAUUUUCAAACGAAAUUCCCGGCGUCAAACCUAUUGCGUUCGGUGAUGAGUAUAGUUUGAUGCAAGAGCUAGGUCGUGGCACGUUCUCUAUCUGCCGGAUGUGUGAACAUCGUACAACAAAGAAACACUACGCAGUGAAGAUAAUUGACAAAUCCUAUCACGAUUGCCGAGAGGAGGUGGAAAUUCUGCUGCGGUACGGCAACCAUCCGAACAUCGUCACGUUGUACGGUGUGCACGAAGAUACAAGCUAUGUGUACCUGGUGAUGGAACUGUUGAAGGGUGGCGAACUGUUGGAUCGUAUUCUAGCGAUAAAUUUUAUGCCAGAACAGGAAGCCAGUGCCGUGCUGCGAACGGUCGUAUCGGCCGUCGCGUACCUGCACGAGCACGGUGUCGUCCAUCGGGAUCUGAAGCCAUCGAAUUUGCUGUACGCGUCCUGCAAUCAUACGCCCGAAUCGUUGAAGCUGUGUGAUCUUGGUUUCGCCAAACAGCUCCGGGCGGAUAAUGGUCUAUUGAUGACCCCGUGCUAUACGGCCAACUUUGUUGCCCCAGAAGUGUUGAAGAAGCAGGGCUACGAUCUGGCCUGCGAUAUCUGGUCACUGGGCGUGCUGCUGUACAUUAUGCUUGAUGGUAAAACGCCGUUUGCCAGCACACCGAACGAUUCACCGGACAUGAUACUGGCACGUAUCGGCUCGGGAAAGGUGGAUUUAGAAACUGGCAAAUGGCCAACGAUAUCGGAUGAAGUGAAGGAUCUGUUACGGCAGAUGCUACACAUCGUACCAUCCCGGCGUCCAACGGCAGCUCAAAUCUUACGGCAUCCGUGGUUAUCACGCACCGGGCCACGUCUGAUGUACAGUACGGUUGGCACCCAACACGCAACCAGUGAACGGCCAAUGAUUGUGGAAACCCAAGAAAUAAAACCGACAAACGUAAAUACGGAAGCCAUAAAGGGUGCGGUACAUGCAACGUUCCGUGCGAUAUCCUCCCCGCAGGCAGCGAAUCUGGGCCCGGUCGGCAUGUCCGAUCUGGCGCGUAGAAGAAUGGAUAAGAUGAAUCAUUCAUAAUAAG